AUGGAGUUUGAAUAUCUGAGGCCCGUAUAUGUCUAUCCUCGCCUGAGUGACAUGAAUGAACUAGAAGAAGAUCUGAGAGUGUUGAGUGGAUGGCUAUUUGAAACGAAUCGCGAGGGGGAAGGCAUACGUAUUGUGCUACACAAUCAAAAUCCGUUAAUUGGGGAUGAAGUUACCGACGCGGACCCUUUUAUCGAGUUGGCAGACUUGCUUCUCCAGUACGAAAUGGAGCUGAAAGACAGAAGAAAAAUGAUAUAUUUACCCAAAGAAAGUUGCAGUUGUACCGACGAGAGUAGACAGGCGGCUCAGCCGUACUAUGAAACUCCAGGUGAUCAUGCCCGUCAGCAGCCUGAACCCAGCGAAUUGCAUGCCAUCAAUCUCUCACAUCAUGGAAGAGCUCAAGUUUUCAGCCCGAGUAGUAUUUCAGAACAGUUCGAAAACUACCAAGCGGCGAUAAAUCGAGGGGAUGCCAAGAGAGCAGCAUCCAUAUUACUUGCCAUAGAUGGCCACAGUCUCUUGGAGGCGCACCAGCAAAGUUUCUCCGAAUUAGUAGGUAUUCAGAAGCAAAGCCAGCGGAUGACUACUGAAAAUGAUGCCAUUAAUGUCUGGGAGAAAUUCAAUGAAUGUUAUCUGGAUUUGGGUCGGUAUACCUUGGAGGCACUUGAUCAAGGUACUUACUUAGCCUUCGACUCUAAGAAAAGUCUGUGCGACUGGCUGCAUAAACUAGUAGCACAUAUUGUCGAUAUAUCCGAGUCCCUAAGGUACCUUGGCUAUGUUGAUUGCGAACAAGGAAUCUGGCAGGACAAAAUAAUAUCCUGUUAUGAAAAGUGCUUUGAAGCGUUGAUGAAGAUGGGUACCACCUCUUUCAACUUGUAG